UAAUAAUGAUAGUCAUUUAUGCUCAUUUUAGAAACACAAUUGUAGACCUAUUAUGCCCUAGGAUAGUCCCUUUUUUGAAACUUUUGAUCUUUACUCCUAUCAUAAAUGCAUUGAUAUUUUGGUAUUUUUGCUUCUCAGUAUUCUUUGUAAGUCUUCUAGUCAUGUAUCUAAACAUAGUCUCUUUGACCUUGUGUGUCCUGAGUCGCAUCAUUUAUCAUGCACAUACACAAAAUGGCUGUUAUCGAAGAUUAAAAGCUAUAAAAAUGGAAGCAGCUCGAUUUUCUUGUGGGGCAUCAAAAAGCAAGUUCUUUGCUAAGAACUGCAUAAAGAAGAAUUUAUUCAGCUUGGCUACAGUGACAAAAGCUGUAGAUAGUUGCUUUCUGAGUCUAUGGAUGUAAAGAGGAUAGCAAACUUGGUACUAAAAUAUUGAGCAAAUAGGCAAAGAUGUUUGCGAGGCUUUUCACUCAUAUCUCAUCAUGUUUACUCGAGAGUUGGCAAAC